AUGUCAAAACAUAUCAUACACGUGCAUAUCUGCGUUGAGUGGAAAGGAAGUCCACCGGUUAAACAAAGAAACAGCAAACUUUUUAUUUAAAUAUCAAAAAAAAAUGGGUAAAAAGGAUAAAAACAAGAAAAAAGGAAAAGGCGCUGAAAAAACCGCCAUGAAGACAGAUAAAAAAUUGGCAGCUAAACAAAAGAAAAUGCUAGAAAAGUUGGGCGAGGCAGACAUUGCCGAUUUGGUUGCCAAAUUGGAAGCCGAAGAGGCUAGAAUAAAAACGGUAACAGAAGAAGUUUGUGCCACCCCACCCACUCCCAGAUCAAGUUUUUCCCUGGUAGCACAUCCGGAAAAAGAAGAAAUUAUACUGUUUGGCGGCGAAUUUUUUAACGGUCAAAGAGUAUGCGUUUAUAAUGAUCUGUUCUUCUAUAACAUUAGUAAGAACGAAUGGAAGCUAGUAAAAUCUCCUGGUGGCCCAGCUCCUAGAAGUGGUCACCAAAUGGUCACGGUUGCCACGGAUGGAGGGCAAUUAUGGGUUUUCGGAGGUGAGCAUGCAAGUCCUUCACAAAUGCAGUUUUAUCAUUACAAAGAUUUAUGGAUGAUGAGUCUUAAGACGCGAAAAUGGGAAAAGAUUAAUGCACCUAAUGGACCUAGUGCUCGUAGUGGCCAUCGUAUGACUGUUGCAAAAAAGAAACUUUUUGUAUUUGGCGGCUUCCAUGACAACAACCAAUCAUAUCGUUAUUUCAAUGAUGUGCAUAUUUUCUCAUUAGAAUCAUACACCUGGCUACAAGUAGAAAUUGGAGGGGCCGUGAUUCCCCCACCCCGAUCGGCGUGCUGUAUGACUGCAACGCCUGAAGGAAAAAUUGUAAUUUGGGGAGGAUACUCCAAGUCACAAAUGAAGAAAGACGUCGACCGGGGUAUAACACAUACAGAUAUGUACAUAUUAACUCCAGAUAAGAAUGCACCCGACUCAAACAAAUUUAAAUGGGUUAGUAAUAAAUGUGGUGGAUACAAACCUCUACCCCGUAGCAGUGUAGGGUGUUGUACAGCCCCAAAUGGCAAAGCCUACUGUUUUGGAGGCGUAAUGGACAUAGAUGAGGACGAAGAAGAUGUUAAAGGACAAUUUGGUGAUGAGCUGCUGUCGUUAGAUUUGACGGCAAUGUCAUGGCGUCUAAUUGAAAUUAUAAAAAAAAUUAAACCCGAAAAGAAAGAAAAAACUAGCCCAACUGACAUUGAAAUGGAUGAAGAAGAGAAAACCAAACCUCAAACAACUGUGACGUCUGAUGGAAUUUUUACAAUAACCGUGGCAGGUCCCACAACAUCGAAUUCCACUCCUGCUCUUCCAAAAGUGCCUAGUCUAUUCCCUAAUCGUAGACCCAAAAAUGUUCCUUCGCCUAGAAUGAAUCCUGGUCUAUGUGUCUGCAAAGGUGUAUUGUAUAUUUACGGUGGCAUUUAUGAGGAGGAUAGCAAACAGUAUACGUUUAACGAUUUCUAUGCUUUGGAUUUGCAUAAAUUGGAUGAAUGGAAAGCUAUUAUUCCAAACAAUAUGAAUGCUCAUGACUGGAUAGAUAGCGAUAGUAGUGAUUCUGAUGAAACUGAUGAUGAUGACGAAGAUGAUGAUGAUGAAGAUGAUGAUUCUGAAAUGGAUACCGACUAGAUGUACAGCUUAUUCUUAAUUAUAUAUUUUAUUCUUUUAUACAGCAAACUUUAUUCAAAGGAAAGCAUAUGGUAUCACUUCUUAACAAUAAACAUCAUAAAACACGAUAAA